UCUGCAACGAUGAUCGAGUAUCUCCUAGCCAAAGGACUCAUCCGACCAUCCACUUCGCCAUACGGUGCCCCAGUACUCUUCACACCGAAACCGGACGGAAGCCUGCGCAUGUGCAUCGACUACCGAGCUCUUAACAAGCAGACCAUCAAGAAUAAAUAUCCGAUACCACGAAUCGAUGACCUGCUUGACCAGCUUCGGGGAGCUACGGUAUUUUCCAAACUGGAUCUGCGGUCCGGAUACUGGCAGAUACGGAUGGCGGACAACUCUAUCCACAAAACUGCUUUCCGAACUCGGUACGGAUCGUACGAGUAUUUGGUCAUGCCGUUCGGACUCACCAACGCACCGGCAACGUUCCAAGCCGAAAUGAACCACAUUCUACGACCACUUCUGGACGAUGCGUGGUGGUGUACCUGGACGACAUCCUCAUCUACUCGCACGACAUAAGCAGCACGUCGAACACCUGCGA